AGCAGGCUGAAGGUGGAGGCGGCCAAGGCGAUGAAGAGGAUGCCCUCCCUCAGGAACCAGAGCUGCGGGGACAGCUGGAAGGUCUUGCUGCCCGACAGGCAGAGGUUGCAGAGGUAGGCGAUGCCCGCCAGCAGGUCGCUGAGGGUGAUGCUGGCGAUGCAGGAGUAGACCCAGCGCCGGCCCCGCAGGCAGCGCAGCACGGCCAGCAGCACCAGCAGGUUCUCCAGGAUGAUGAGGCAGCUGAUGAUGGCGAAGGCCAUGCGGAGUGGCCCCAUGCCCUCGUCGCCGGAGGGCCGGGUGGUGAGCUUGCCCGAGAAGUUGUAGUGCUGCAGGAUGAUGUUCACGUUCCUCGUGGCCGCCAGCUGCAGGCAGGAGGAUUUUGUGCCCAGCAGCUGGGCAGAGUCCAGGGGGAGGAGCAGGGAGUAGUUCACCAGCCAGCCCAGCACUGGAGCAGCCAUCUUCUGAGCCUGGGGCAGCACUCAGGGGAUGCUCGGUGCUGGAAGGGGUCAGGUGCAGAGCAGAGCCUCUGUCUGAGGGCUGGAGCAGCUGUGAGGCUGAACCCAGCCCUGCUCAGUGGAGGUGAGAGUCAGAGCCCUGUCAGCCAGCCCUGCAGCACUGGAAGAGCAAGGGGAGAGGAGGGUGAGGUGUUUUGUAAGUCCACCCAUGAGCAUGGGCUUCCUGUUGUUUAAUAAAGUUUCCUGUUGUGACUGACAGCAUUGACAUCUCUUCUAACAGCUCUCAUCAUUUCUUGGUAAGGGUCUGGUUAUUCUCAGCUUUGCUGUGGUUGUGAAGGUGUGACAUGAAAGAAGAAACGUGCCAGGGUUGGAGCAGGCUGCGUCAAACGGGCCAACACCUUGAUGGGUGGGGUCUGGGGGGCUGAACAGAUCCAAGUGCUGGUGAAAGCACCCAGACAGCCUGAGACACAAAGUGCUUUGCUUGCUGUGCUGCUCAGCUCACCCCUGAGCCUGAGAGAGCCACUGCUGCCCUGUGCCAUGCUCAGAUUCUUCCUUCCGAGGAAGAUCCAUGCUGUCACUGCACGGGCCCAGCUCCUGCCACUCUCUCAGAACACAUCCAGACACAUCCAUCCUGUCUGUGCAGCAGCUCCUGGCACCUGUGGGGCUGCAGCUGAGCCUCAGCCCCUCCACUCCAAAGGAAACCAGCUGCUCCAAGCUGAGCACGUGCCCUGGCACUCCUGCUACACCUUCAACUCACCAAGCACCUGCUAGAGAUGGGUCAGGAUCCUCCCACAGGCAGGGAAGGAGGCAAAAAAAAACCUUUGAGGAGGCACAAAGUGCUGAGACCAGCAGCAAGGAAUGAGAGCGUGGCUGAAAUGUUAAUUUCCAGCAUUGGCCUAAUCCCUUAUGUUGGCAAAACUCAACAGGAGAGCCUUGGAACGUGCUAUUCCCAACUGUGGCUGGGAAUUUGCCUUUGGACUCACCUGGCAUGGCUUGUGGGAGGCUCUUGCUGCCCGAGGGAGGUUCAGCAGUGCUCUCCAGCUCCUCGUCUGAGGCCCAGCACGGUGCAGGUAGCGGGAACAGCUCCUCGUGCAAAAUAAGUGUGGCUUCUACCUAUCAAAGUGAAAAAAGGGGAAGUUACACCAUCAACCACAUUUCUGUGCAGGGUGGACCCCACCCAAAUCAGCUGCAGAGUGGCUGAGAUGAAAGAAAAGCAGGGCGUCUUUUAACUCAGCAGAAGCUGUGCCCUGCUGCCCCUGGGCUCUGCCUCCAACUGGAAGCCAUGGAGAUGUCCCCAGGCUGAGAGCCAAGAGCAGUGAGCUCUCCCCUCAGCAGGGAGCUGUCCAGGGAGCCCAUCCAUCCCUGCAUGGAUUGAUCCCAGACCAGAUGGCAGCACAGACAGGAGGAAAAUGCAAAAGAGGCUCCUGCAGGAAGCCACGUGCAAGCAAGAGUGGUUCUCACCAAAAGCUGAGGGCUCCAUCCUCCACCUUCACCCUUUCAGCUGGGGUUUUGGCCUUUUCUAUCAGCAGUGGGGAAAGAAGCUCACAGUGAUACGGUCAGCAGAUGACCCGAGACUGAAGGAGCAGAAAUCAGCAGGAAGGAUGGGCCACGAGUGCAGGGCUGCACGUUCAGCACCCAGAACUCACUGCCAAACCCUCCCCAGAGCCCUGGAGUCCAAAGGGGCAGAGUGACCCUGGCACAUCACCCCUGUCCACUCUGUCCAGGACGGAGCUGGUGGAAUGUGGGAAAUGGAUUUGUUGAGAGCUUUCAGGGCUUGAUUUUGGGAAAUGGAUUUGUAGAGUUUUUAGGGCUUCAUAGAAAGUUCUGAGUCUCUGGGUCUGGGUUAUCUCUGGGUCAGGAAAAGGGUAUUGUCCAACAGUGGAAUGUUCCUGAAAGGUCAGAGGAUGGAGAAACUUGCCUUGUCAGGGGCUCUAAGCAGCUUCUCCAAGAGCUGGCAAUGUGUGAGGAGUCUCAGAGAUUCCUGAGAGAUCUGUGGAGAGGAUGGGGCAGGCAAACCCUUUUGAGUUGAGGCAGAUGAGCUGCUGGGACAGCUUGACCCCCUCACCCUUGGUGUUCAGGUUCUCUGGACCAGCAAAAGAUCGAAGGAUCUUCCUAAAAAAUGCCCCUUCCACAAACACAUCCAUGACUGGGGGCUAAUGGGGUCUGAGCCCCACAUGAAGAAGAAUUCCUGCUCUGUCUUGUCCCCCUUGCCCUCUGCACAGCCCCAGUCUGAGCAGGAUCUUGGCCCUUCUCCUCUGCUGCCAGCCCAGUUCAGAUGUUCUCUCUUUGAACCAAGUGGAGAAAGAAGCUCACAGUGAUAAGGUCAGCAGAUGACCCGAGACUGAAGGAGCAGAAAUCAGCAGGAAGGAUGGGCCACGAGUGCAGGGCUGCAUGUUCAGCACCAGGAGCUCACUCCUGGUGAGCAGGGGAGGGACACCCCCUCCUGCAAGGUUUCCCAUUUUUUCCUUCAGAUCAGAGCCACAAUCUGCCUGGAACUGCCUGGUGGCCCUGAGUGCUGGGCUGGGAAGGGCCAGGGGAGGCACGGGGGACAGCUGAAGCCCCGUGGACCUGCUCCAGUUCCUUGCCUAAAGCAGGCAUUGAUGGAUGCUGAGAUGAGGCUCCUCAGCAGAGAAGACCUGGAACCCUCCAGAGGUCAACAGGAAGGCCAAAAUACCUUGACCUCAGAGAGAGGAACUUGUCUGCAGUCAGAGAGGAGCAGGAGAGCAGCUCAGCUCCCUGUGCCAUGGCCUGUCCCUCCUGUCCUGGGGCUGCUGCUCCCCGGAGGGUUUCCACCCACAGAUUGUGGGGGGCCACAAGUAACUGCAGGGCAAAGGCAGAAAGGUACAAACACAAGAUAAAAUAUCGAUGAUUCCUCUUGAGGUUUUCCUGCUGUGCUGCUGCACAGUCCUGAUUAAAGCCUGUGCUUUCAGAUAUGAUUUAAAACACCAAAACAUGGGUUCAGCUCUGUGGAGAGCCGUGUCAGGCAGCCCGCAGGCUGGCUCAUGGACAUCAGGCACCCACAUUUCUGUCCCACAUCUCUCCCUGCCCAUGCACCCCUCUGCAUGGCCCCAAGGCAUCCACUUGCAGGUGUUUUUCUGCUCCAGGAAGGGUGGAGCAGCCUUGGUUUAAAAAUGACUGAUCACUGGCAGUUGAGUGGUUGCACUUCCCCGCUUUGGUCUCCUCUAUUGCAGAGCAGCACUUCCCACAUCCCAGUCCCCAGGCUGGCAGGAGGCUUUGGCCCCAGAGGAGCCAAGGAGAGCCAGGAAGGCCCCUCUGACCUGGGCUGACCCAAACCCUGCAGAUUUGACUUUUCACAGUGCUCAAAAACCAUCCCAGGCGCAGCUGAUGUCCCCUUUAAUUUAAAUUGGCUGGGGUGAUGGUGGGUCUCUGUAGGAAAGAGGCUCUGCAGAGCAUCUCUCAAAGGAAAACGAGAAUAUGAAAGAGCAAGUUUCAGGAUUGUCUCCUCACUAACGACUUUAAAUGGCCAAGAUUUUCUGAUUUUUUUUAAGUGGCUUUUUUUUUAGAACCUUGCAUUUCCUUAGGCCAAAAACAUUAAACAGAAAGUGUGAGAGAAAUAUGAAAUCACACCUCAAAACCACCAGAGAUCACCUUUCUCUUGCUGCCAGCACCCCCUGAGGCUGUGACUGAGCUGUGCCAGGCUCUGCCUACCCCAUCCUUUCCACCCUGGGCUAUCACCCAUCAAUGCCAGCCGGGGGCACGUGGGCACUGAGCAAGCCAGGCCAGAGAUGCCCUGAUUAGCCCAAUCAGCCCUUUGCACAUGGUUUCCUGGCUGCUGGGCACAGCUGCCUGCAGCUAUAAAACCAACUCCUGGCCACGGGGAAAAACUCAGGACUUGCACCCAGCCGUGGCAGAGAUGUGCCAGCCCCAGGCAGUGCCAGCCCUGCUGCUCCUGCUCUGCUGCCCCUGGGCCAGUGCCAGUGCUGUGCGGGGUGGGAUCGUGGGGGGCCACGAGGCGCGGCCCCACUCGCACCCCUACAUGGCGUUCCUGAAGAUAGCAGAGCUGGGGAGCUGUGGGGGCUUCCUGGUGGCCCCUGACUGGGUGAUGUCAGCUGCACACUGCAUGGGGAAUACCACAGUCAUCCUGGGGGCUCACAACAUCCACGAGCCAGAGAAAACCCAGCAGGUCCGGGGAGUCCUCAAGUACCACGAGCACCCUGAGUACAACCCCAGCACGAUGGAAAACGACAUCAUGCUGCUGCAGCUGACAUCAAAGGUCACUCUCAAUGAGUACGUGCAGCCCAUCGCCCUGCCCAGGACGGGCAGCGACCUCCCCACGGGCACCAAGUGCACGAUUGCAGGCUGGGGGCUGAUCGACGAGGACAGGGCCACCAACAAGCUCUUUGAGACCAAAGUGUCCAUCUACAGCCGCAGGAAAUGCACCCUCUUCUACCCCCACCUGGACUCUGGCAUGGUGUGUGCAGGCAGCUUCCACCAGCUGAAGGAUUCCAGCCAGGGAGAUUCUGGUGGGCCCCUGGUGUGCAAUAAAGUGGCACAAGGCAUUGUUUCCUUUGGCUACGACUCCCCACCCGGGGUCUACACCCGCAUCUCCAACUACCUGCCCUGGAUCAAGAAAGUCAUGAAGAAGUAGUGGCAGUGGCAGCACUUUCUCCAGCUCUGGUGUGGCCCUGGACACUGCAAGAGCUUCCUUCCUGCCCCUGCUGAAGGCUCAGCUCCCUCCUGUCUCCUCGGGAACCCAAGUGGCUUGAUCAGUGCACACCCUUCACUCUGUCCUGGAGUCUGUCCCUUCCUGUCUCAGGGCUGUGCUAACCCCCCUGGCAGAAGCAGAGAUGGCCCCAGAUGGCCCAAAAAGAGGCUGUGCCACAAGAAACCCCACUUCCUUCAGAGAUAAAGCCCUGUUCCUGCUUGAACCUCGCUGCACUUGAAGUAAACUCAAAGCUGCACCUCC